UUGCGGCUGUCUGUCUACCACAGACCGCAGCGCGUCCCAUUAAGCGGGCGUAGCGUUGUCGACUAGCCAGCUGCUAAGUCAGCUAACUUUUAAGGCAAUAACCAUUCAAGCACUGCAGCCGAAUGGCGUUAUAAUGCUUUUCAAAACAGCCUCUGUUGGACGUAGCGUCUCGGCGUUCGGGGUCGCCUUUAAUUGGCUAGCUUUUAGCUAACGCGGAAGGCAUCCCCAGGGAGUCAUCAAUGACCAGCAGAACACUGAGCUAAUUUCUGCAAGCAUUUCCCACCGUCAAGGAUGUCCAAACGCACGAGGAACACGGAGGUGUGCGCAGACUGUUGCGUCCCAGAACCCCGCUGGGCCUCAGUGAACAGGGGCGUGUUGAUUUGUGAUGAGUGCUGCAGUGUUCAUCGAAGUCUGGGUAGACACAGCUCACAAGUUCGCCACUUGACGCACACGCCUUGGCCUCCUACACAGCUACAAAUGGUUCAGAUGUUGUACAGCAACGGUGCUAAUUCAAUUUGGGAGCACUCCCUUCUGGACCCAGCAUCUGUGAUGACUGGAAAACGCAAGGCCAACCCCCAGGACAAAUUGCACCCCAACAAAUCAGAAUUCAUCAAAGCCAAAUAUCAAAUGUUGGCGUUUGUCCACCGCAUGCCUUGUCGGGAGGAUGACAGCUCGACAGCCAAAGAUCUGAGUAAGCAACUGCAUUCAAGUGUUCGCACUGGGAAUCUUGAGACCUGUUUGCGGUUGCUCUCUCUUGGAGCUCAAGCAAACUUUUUUCACCCUGAAAAAGGAAACACUCCCUUGCAUGUGGCAGCUAAGGCAGGACAAGUCUCUCAGGCUGAACUGUUAACUGUUUACGGCGCAGAUCCUGGAGCCCCUGAUAGCAACGGCAAAACUCCCAUUGACUACGCAAGGGAGGCGGGCCACCACGACCUGGCAGAUAGACUGGUGGAGAUUCAGUAUGAGCUGACCGAUCGGCUGGCGUUCUACCUCUGUGGGCGAAAACCAGAUCACAAAAAUGGGCAGCACUUCAUUGUUCCUCAAAUGGCUGACAGCAGUUUAGAUUUAUCGGAACUGGCCAAGGCAGCAAAGAAGAAGCUGCAGUCACUAAGUAAUCAUUUGUUCGAGGAGCUGGCCAUGGACGUGUAUGAUGAGGUGGACAGGCGAGAAACUGAUGCAGUGUGGCUAGCAACACAGAAUCACAGUGCGCUCGUGACGGAGACAACUGUGGUGCCAUUCCUUCCUGUCAAUCCAGAGUAUUCAUCCACAAGAAACCAGGGACGCCAGAAACUUGCCAGAUUCAACGCACAUGAAUUUGCAACUCUUGUGAUAGACAUAUUAAGUGAUGCAAAGCGGAGACAACAAGGGAAUUCAGCAGCCAGCCCCAAAGAUAAUGUGGAACUUCUCCUGAAGAAUAUGUCUGCCAGGCCAUGCAGCGACAGCCAGGAUAACGACCAGCCCGACUAUGAUAGCGUAGCGUCUGAUGAGGAUACAGACCAAGAGCUCCCUUCAAGUAAAGGAGAUCGAACGAAGAGCCUGGAUUCUGACCUCUCCGACGGCCCAAUCACCAUGCAGGAGUACCUUGAGGUGAAGAACGCGCUCUCGGCCUCCGAGGCCAAAAUCCAGCAUCUCCUGAAAGCCAACAGCAACCUGAGCGACGAGCUGCGACUGAUGCAGAAAAAGCUGCAAUCUCUGCAAAGUGAGAACACCUCUCUUAGGCGGCAGGUCACAGCCAAUAUCUAUCAGAUCCCCAGCACGUCAGACUAUCCCGACCCCUCCGGUCCUUCAGCCCUGAAACGCCGGCAAUCUGCUCGGGCAAGUCGGCCCAUGUCUAUGUACGAGACCGGCUCGGGCCUGAAGCCCUAUCUCCCUAAAGGGGAAAGUCCUUACCCAGAGGAGGCUAUUCCCACCCUGCAUCCCUUCCCACCUCAUAAGGAAAAGGGGGCUUUUGUGACCACCUCUUCAUCCCUCCCCUCAUUUCCGUCCAACCUGUCCUGGUCCAAGGAUGAAAGUAAUCUAAAGGCCUCCAAGUUAGAGAAGCAGAGCAGCAUGCCUGAAAGCGACUAUGACAACACAGUCAAUGACUCUGAGGUGGACGAUUCAGGUUUGUGCAGGAGAGGGAGGCUGAGGAGCAGUGGCCGACUGGGGGAGGGCAGCUCCAUCCCUGAGCUGGAUGACGCGGCGGCGGAGUCGGACCCGACACUUCCCAGCACCGAGGACGUCAUCCGCAAAACCGAGCAGAUCACCAAGAAUAUUCAGGAGCUCCUGCGAGCAGCUCAGGAUAACAAACAUGAGAGACCGUGUGAGCGUGAAGGUGUGCGCCGCCUCAGACACAGUCUGGGAUGUUUCAGCACUCUGGUGCCCUGGGCUGAGAAGCCCCCCGCACCUCUUCAUCCACUCAGCCCGCGAACCCCCGCUCCCUCGUCCUGCUUCAUACCCUGCUCAGAAAGAAUACACGUUGCUGUAACAGAAAUGGCUGCGCUUUUUCCGAAGAGGCCACGCUCGGAGACCGUGAGAAGCUCUCUGCGCUUGUUGACCUCCAGCGCGUGCAGGCUUCAGAGCGAGUGCAGGAAGGCGGUGCCUCCAGAAGGCUGCCCGGGACCGGACAUGCAGCUUGUCACCCAGCAGGUCAUCCAAUGUGCUUACGAUAUUGCCAAGGCAGCCAAGCAGCUUGUCACCAUCACCACGAAGGAGAACACCAACUGACAGCACUUACAGGGCUGCAGCGCCACCUGCAUCUCUGUCCUUGGCUUCUAUUUUUUUUCCUUUCUGUUUUUGUUUUCAUAUUUGUGGUAUAUGCAUGCUUUCAUAUUUUUUAUUAUGUUUUAUAUUUUGGCACAGAUGGAUGGGCGUCUUUACCAACAAAUACUGUUCCUGUAAAAGCACAAUUUUCAAGGUUAAAGGUCAAAGUUCUACAACUCCUUUUUGAAAAGCCAAGAUGAUGAAGCACACUACUAGGAAAUCUAUCCGAUACCACAUCAUUUAAGCUUCCCCUUGUUGAUUGCACAACGCAGUCAUCAUGAUUUAAAGAUGACUACCUUUUUGUCGCUUUUUUUUUUUU